AUGCAUCGUGAUCUCAAGCCGGAAAACCUCAUCUUCAGAGCCGACAGCGGAUGGGAAUGCGUCAUUGCUGACUUCGGACUCGCUGAAUUUGCUGAAGCUGAAGAAUAUCUCUUCGUUCGCUGCGGAACCCCUGGAUACGUGGCUCCUGAAGUCAUCAAUAUCAAGGAUAUGAAGACCAAAUACGACCCCAUUUGCGACAUCUUCAGUCUUGGCCUCAUUUUCCACAUCUUGCUACUCGGAGUCAGUGCCUUCCCCGGAAAGACUUACAAUGAAGUCUUGGCUCAAAACAGAGCAAGCAAUAUUACCUUCGAAGGAGAAGAAUACAAAAAGAUUGACCCCUAG